AUGGCUUCUAAAAGAUAUCCCCAAUUUAUUCUAUUGGGCGAUUCCAUUGUUGAAUUCUCAAGCUAUUUGCGAGAUGGCUUUUCAUUCACUGCGGGUCUUGAAGAACAUUGUUCGAGGCGAUUGCAGGUCAUAAAUCAUGGUUUAAGCGGGUACAAUACCGACAAUGCUCUUGAGAUCCAUCAGCAUCUCGUUCCGGACCCAACUUCCGCUAAAGUUUCCUACUUGGUACGUCAACUAAGUACCUUGCAGGACUCGCCUCUUGUCGGAGUUCCUUGGAAAACUUCACCAUUAUUAGAGUCGCUCAUUCUUUUCGGUGCAAAUGAUGCGUGCCUCCCGGAUGGUCCUACGGGUCAAUACGUUUCACUAGAGAACUACAAGAAAAAUAUCGAAGCCCUUCUCGAUCACUGGAGUUCCAUAGCCCAAUAUCCUAAAAUCUUGUUGGUCACACCACCACCAAUCAACGAGAUUCAACUUGAGAAGGGAGACCGUCAAAAGGGCUACUCCUCUCUCACGAGACUACAGGAGAAUACUGCCAAAUAUGCAGCUGCAGUCAGAGAAAUUGCCACAGAGUGGAAAGAUCGAAAUGUGGUAUUAGUCGAUCUUUGGAGGGCUAUGAUGGAUAAAGCAGUACAUAUAAGUUCAGAUAACACGAUUGAUGUUAAAACGAUGGGCACCAAACGUGCCGGAGAUGAUACAUCUAUGAGGACGCUUCUCACAGACGGACUUCAUCUUUCUAGCGAAGGAUACAAAAUAUUCUUAAGUAAAGUGAUACCCAUGGUGGGAACCGAGUGGAAAAAAGAACCCUUUGAUAGCCCAAGCUGGGUGUUUCCACAUUGGACAGUAGCUCCUAAGUUUAGUCGUUGA